GCCAACGGGAAUGGAUUAAUAAAAAUUUUCCCGCACUGAUUUUUCCACACGAAAAGCCCAAUAUUUGUGAUUAGUAACAUUUUAUCAAUCGCCCAACGAAUAUUUUGUGUCAAUUUAAUGAGAAUUUUUGUGCAAGUUUUAAUAACGUUAAAAAAGAAUCGGAGAGGGGCACUUUAAUUACGUGGAUCGAGUCAGAUUGCGAGAACCUCAUAGUUUUAGUGGACCAGGCAGAGGAUCCGGGUGGAGGCAGAGAUCAUUCUCUAGCAUCGAUUUGUCCACAAGUAGUGGUCGUUCCCGUGACUACAACGGCGGUUUUUACGAUUUGUACACACGCGUAGAUACUGGUCGUGAUUACGAGGAUUUCUAUGCUGUCAAUCACAAAGCAAGGAAAGGUGAUUCAAUUUACGAUCACGUAGAUCCGCUUUUCAAUUCUGGCGGCGUUGAGGCGUGCAGUCUGAGACGAACACGAAGUUUAGCUGUAAUCAGGGAGGAAACAUUCAAUGAUUUGCAAAUAAGUGGCGUACGAACGAGACGUUCACAAUUAAUACCACGAGCCAAACUUGUGGAUAGGAAUUUCUUUCAAGAGAGGUAUAAGGCAAAAAAGGACGAAGACGACGCGGCAAGUGCAAGAACACAUACAUCCCAGGAAUCUGAUGAAUUUUAUGCAAAUCUAAAGCGUCUGGACACAUCAACACAGCCCACAUCAAGUACAUGGCAGAAUGAGAAGAGUGAUUUAGAUAGUUUAGAUUCAAGCUACUUUAAAAAUUCUUCCCAUCAAGCAUCCCUCGAACUCAAUCGAGAUCAAUUAGAGGGCAAGCUUCUCGAGGCUGAAAUUGAUAUUCACUGUUCAGAACCAAGAAUACUUGCCGAUACAACAACUUCAAAUUCCGAUAGUGUCGAACACUGUCCUGUGGAAAUUGGAGACAAGAGUAACCUACCAGAAAUUCAACUCUUGGACGAAAUCCUUCAAACUGAAGAUCAAAAAAUUGCAUCACAAAAUAACACCCUUAAGUGGCUUAAAGCAAACGAACGUGAACAAGGAGAAGAAUUCCAAAACGAAUCAGUUCCAGAGGAGAGAUCAAAACUCAUUAUUGAACUCAAUAGUGACACUACAAAAUUCCGAGACGAUCUCAAGAGUGUAGUAUCUUACGAUUCCAUCUAUUUAUCAUCAGAAACUAGUGAUAGGCAAACAGUGAUUAAUGAGAGUUUAUGUGAUCCCCUUCCAGAGGUAACCAUAUCUUCAGGAGAUGGUACAAUUCACAUUACAGUAGAUGAUUAUGAUGAAGUUCUGAGUAGGAGUCAAUACGUUGAUCCACGAAUAGCUGAUGACUUGGACACACUCUACAGUCAAGUGAACAAGUCAAAACCUAAAAUUGUUGGUAUCGAACCUAAAAAUUCUGUUACGAACCUGACAACAUUCUCUGAUAUCUCCAAUCGUGGUACACUCGAAAGGUUAACAUUGCUUACAACAAAUCGUCUUCUGAACGACAACAAAGCUAACAGGGAUAUUCAGGGUAAACUCGUUGAGAACCACUAUUGCAGUUUACCGGAUAUCAAUAUUGGAAAGUGUCUUCGUGCAUCUGAGCGAAUUGAUGCUAAAUUGAGGCUGUCGUGUGAUAUUGAAGAAGAAAAGACUAUUUACGACUCAAUAUCGCAUUUCGGAAGGGCACACAAACGACUCCGUCAACGUGAAAACUGCGAAGUUGUAGUACUCAAUCCAAUUUCAAUUGAAGAACAACCGAGAGAAGCACCUAGUAUUGAAGUUGAAACCCCAAUAAAGCAAAUUGAAGAUUCGGAUUCUACCACUGAAUACCUCAGUCAAUUAGGCUUAGACGGUGAAAACCAGCAAAAUUCAUUGGAUACCUUUUCAGCAGCAUCGGAUCAGGAGUGUUCAAUAGGGCUAAGUCAGCAAACAGCUUAUGCUGUGAACAUUGGUGGGAAGAAGGUGAUUGUUGACGAAGUAGAUAAAUUGCAUCUACAGGAAGCCGAAGAACGAUUACUCAGUCGAAAUAGUGUUAAACGCUCCAACAGUUUACGAGACAGUGAAGUCCUCAAGGGCAGUAUCGAAGAGCGAAAUUCCGAGAUAAAAAUUUUCAUAACAGACACAAGUGGGGAGACAAAGGACGAAGGUGGAAAUUGCUGUAAUUUCACUCCACAUCCCAAUCCACCAUCACCACUUAAGGAACUCCCUGAAGAGACCACCCCCUGUGCCGAGGAAGAAGUUGAUUGCAAAACACAAGACAAUAUAUCAGAACAGUCAGAGGAGGAAGUUUUCAAUGCACGUCCCAUAAAAGUAGUUGAUGAGGUGAAGUCAUUGAAUGAUAAGAGUUGUCAGAGUGUCAAGGAGGAUUGUCUAAAGUCAAAAGUACUCAACGGAAAGCGCCAAGUGGAAAUGCCUCGUCCGCAGAUUCUGCAUAUUGUGGAAUCAACCAAGAAAACAAAACCAACGGUGUCUUUCAAUCUGCAGCCACCUAAAGUGGAUCCACCACCACCUCCACCCCCUGAACCCAAUCCCGAUGAAAUUCAACAGGAAUUUCACGACAAAGUCGACUCAAUUCGUUGCUAUUGGUCCAAAUUGGCGACAUCCAGUGAUGGGGAAGAUACACUACCCGACAGUGACACACGAACCAAAGAUGAAAAUCACAAUUCUAAUGAAGUGCCUCAACUGACGUCAGUUGAGAACAUUGUAAAGACGAUUGAGGGUGAUGUUGGUGAUAAGAAGGUAUUCAAUUCGGGCAAAUUCAAUGGGGAGAAGAGUUUCUGUCCCACUGUAGAAAUCAUUGAGCUGGACGGCAAGACACAAACGGCCGUAGUUAAGGCCAAAAGUGCUGACAAUGAUUUUGAUCAUGUACGAUAUAAAGUCAUGAAAUCGGACACUUUUCAGAAGAAUCUCCUAACACAGUCACGUCGUGAGGCACAAUUUGACGGAUUGAUGCAAUAUCUUCAAGAUUAUAGUUUUCAGUUUAAUCUGCAGGAAUUGCUGGCGAACAAUAAUGUGGUGAUUAUUGAGCCCGUACGUACGAAAAUUGAGAAAAUCAGUGAUAAACCAGUGAAACAUCAUCGUCCGGCAUGUCGGAUAACAGGAGGUGCGGGCAAGGCAAAUGAAAAGGGUAAAAAUGGACUCAAGAGACAUUUCUUUUAUCACCCAGUUAGGGUAAACAAGGAAUUGAUUGAUGAGGAAUUGCCAACUCCCGACACGGUCAGAAAUGUACGAAAGCUCUUUGAGGGUACAUUGCGUAUGCGUAAGGAUCAUCCAAAUGGUGGUCACAAGGCAACACCCUCGGCUGCAAUUGGUGCAAAGCACACAGAUUGUCUGAGGAAGAAAACUCUGAGGUAUUUAGCUAUUGACACAUCAUACGACGAUGGUUCUGGCACCAUUAGGAAAUGGGACUCUGCUAGUCUUUCAAGUGGCAUCUCCAGUGGCGAUCUCAGCUCACCGUGUGAAUGUACAGCCACCACCGACCACACCGACACCCUCUUCACUACCGAUGGUCACAAAGUGAUCCACUAUUCCAGCGAAGAGAACCUCUGCGAUGAUGAACUUUGUGAUACACACUACGUAAGUCAGGAUGUUCUUGAGAAGAUCCGCGAACGCGGCUCAUCUGUCACAUACUACGGAGGACGAGUUGUGGACAAGAAGUCAAACAUCAGUCCAAUGACUAAGGCUAUUAUGCAGGAAAUUCGAGGAACACAAAUUAAAUGUGGUGCAUGUCAACCACAUAAUUGUCCCCAGACGGAAGAGCUAACAGCCAAAUUUCAAAGAUCCGACAACAAUUAUCUCGGUGUUAAAUUCAAACUGGUAAAGUCAAACAGCUGUAGUAGUCGCCUUGAAUUAGUGGGUACCGGAAAACUCAAUUCAAAUCCACCAAAAGCGAAGUUAUCGAUGGAUCAAGAACGAUUGCAGGAGAAUGGUGAAGAAUCAUCGGACAUUGCUGAGGGUGAGCAGUCUGUGAGGACGAUAGUUGAACGUCUAGAAACAGGAGCCAUUCACCAAAAGCCCGUACCACGAAUAAUUGAAUCUAAGUGCAUUGAAAAAAUUGGCAGUGACGAUGGAAAAAUCAUAGCCCCAAGUGAAGCUACAACAAUGACCAUCAACAAUCAAUUGACAGAGGGUGGCAAAACGGGUGACCAUCGUCUUGGACCUGUUGAACUCAUCACUCAAGUCACCGUGAAUAAUCACAUAAGCUUCUGUAGUCCUUCAGCUUCCAUCUCAAGUAACCAGCAUACAACACAGUCAGCUACACCAUCUAGAGAAACGACAAAGACCACAAAAGUCUGUCGCAAUAAGAAUGUGGAUUUAGCUUUUACCAUGAGUAGUAGCAGCACCCAGAAAAGUCAUCCAACACCAAAGCCAACAAAAGACAAGGAGAAUCAUGCCAAAAAAGCUUCUCAAUCUCUCGAAAAUUUAGUCAAUGGACGCAAUGAGCAGACUUUUCGGGACAUCAAGGGUACACCCAGUGAAUUCAGCAAGGCCAAGAUAACCUAUCGCCAGCAGAAAUCCCAUUCAAUUGACAAUGAUUCAACAUCCCAAUCCAAUGGGCAAGUUGUCAUGCGAAGAUUUUCCGAUCACAUCCUCUACGACACCAACAAAAAAGACAGUGUUGAUGCCCAGAAUCAACCUCAAGAAUUAAAUUCCGCACAACCUACACAAUCACUGGGAAAUCUCCAGCAAUCCCCAACCCAGCAUAAAAUGGUGAAAUGGGGUACACUGAAUAAAUUUGAUGAGAAGAACUACGUCACAAAUGAUGUUAAAUUGAAGCAAAAGAAAAAGUACGAUGAAAUGGAAUUUGAGGAAUUCGAAGUACUAGACUCCAAUGGUGAAUGUUACGACAGUCUUAACAGUUGCAAAUGAGCAAUAAAAAAAAGCUCUUCAUUUUUUCCCUACCAUGCUCCUACGCAUAAAAAAACCAACUCGUGCCCGCAUAUCCUUCAUCAUUUCUCAUUAGCAUCAAUCACGUCACAUUAUCCUUCAUUCUUUUUCAUCUAAAGUUAUAAAAAAUAAAUUAAAUUUAAGAAAUUGUAUGAACUCUUCUCAAGAACAAUUUAGAAAUGAUUAAUAUUGGGAGGAAAAGAAUUAAUCAAAACGAAAUGUAUCAGUAUUUCUAUCUCUAAAUUUAACCCUUAUCAUCCCCUGUUUUCCCCAAAUACUCCUUUUACCUUAAUUAUCAUUUAAAAAAAAAAGAAACAAAAUCACAUUAGAAUAUUGCAUAAAAAUAUUUCGGUUGUGGUUCAUUGUUCUCCUCAUCUUUCCAUUCAAGAUUAAAUAUGCAAUAUACCAAUUUAAUCUCUUAUUCCUUGUCCAAAAAAAUUAUGUAUAUUAUUGUAUUUCUCAAAUAAGGAUUAAUAAAUUUUACCAAAA